AUGCGACACACUAGAGUUAAGGCUAUGGGGCAAGCAAUAAUGCUGGAAAGUAACAUUCAGGUUGGAGCCACACAAGAAUCCAUCGGUUCGUACUCCUCGUACAGCUUCGUAGUAACCAUGAGGAAGUCACUUCCAGAAGUUCAACCACACAGCUCAGAGAAUGAUUCUGAUGGCAUGGAUCAAGAUCGCAACCAAAGCAUCAUAGUUCCUACUACUGUCAUAGCAAUAGCUGAUAGCUUCGAAAAGAAAGAUCACUCAUGGUUUGUCACUUCCCAAAUCCCAACAGAUCUAUCAAUUCAAGUUCAGGACAUCACUUUUACUGUUCACAAGUAUCCCUUGUUAUCAAAAUGUGGCUACAUAGGCCACCUGGAACUUCAACCUUCAUUUUCUAAUUUUGGGUAUGAACUCAAGCUUGAGAACUUCCCAGGUGGAGCGGAAGCAUUCAAAAUCAUUCUAAAAUUCUGUUAUGGUCUUCCAUUAGACUUAAACCCUAGCAACAUAGCUCCACUAAGAUGUGCAUCAGAAUUCCUAGAAAUGAGUGAAGAACAUGACGAUGGAAAUCUUAUGUCAAAGACAGAAACUUUUCUCACAUUUGUAGUCCUCUCAUCAUGGAAAGAUACCAUCACCGUUCUCAAAUCCUGUGAAACUUUAUCUCCAUGGGCUGAAAAUCUCCAAAUAGUCAGAAGAUGUUGUGACUCAAUAGCAUGGAAGGCUUCUAGACACAAUUCAACAAUAGGAAAUAUGGUCAAUGAUGAAGGAUGGUUUGAUGAUGUGGCUUCCCUUCGCAUUGAUCAUUUCAUGAGAAUUAUAACUGCAAUAAAGGCAAAGGGAACAAAACCAGAGAUCAUAGGUAAAUACAUAAUGCAAUAUGCAGAAACGAAGUUGCCAGGCAUGAAUGUAGAGUUAGAAGGACUAAGAGGGUAUGGGUAUGGAAAGAAUGAACUGAAGUUCAGUAUUUCGAUUGGAAAGAAGGAAGACGAGGGUAUUGAAGAUAGCAAAGAGCAAAAAACUAUUAUCGAAAGCCUACUAAGCAUACUUCCUACUCAACCAGAAGCUAUCCCAUGUAAGUUCUUACUGAAGAUGUUGAAAAUCGCAUUGUUUUACUCUGCAUCCCAAGCUUUGAUUUCAGAACUUGAGAAGAAAGUGGGGAUGAUGUUGGAGAAUGCCAAUGUUAAUGAUCUUUUGAUUCCUAAUUAUAAAAGCGAAGAUCAGGGCAAAUUUGUGAAAUCACCUGAACAACAAACAAUGCACAACAUAGAUGUGGUACAAAGAAUCGUUGACUAUUUUUUGGUGCAUGAACAAGAGCAGCAGCAACUGCCAUUGACAUCAGGGAAAUCAAGUGUUAGCAAGCUUUUGGACAAUUACCUAGCUGAGGUUGCAAAGGACCCUAAUCUCUCCAUUACCAAAUUUCAAGUUUUGGCUGAAGCUCUGCCAGAGAAAGCUCGAACAUGUGAUGACGGUCUUUAUAGAGCCAUUGACACAUAUCUCAAGACUCAUCCUUUGCUCUCUGAGCAUGACCGAAAAAGGCUAUGCAAAAUAAUGAACUGCGGGAAGCUAUCACUUGAUGCAUGCAUGCAUGCAGCACAAAAUGAUAGGUUGCCUCUAAGAACAGUGAUUCAGGUGUUGUUCUCGGAGCAAGUAAAGAUGAGGGCAGCAAUGCAAGGAAAAGAGCCGGCAGCAAGGGAUAACUCAGAACAGGAAAUAACUGAAACAUCAACAAAAACUGAGGUCAUGACCCUAAGAGCAGAAGUUGAGAAAAUAAAAACACAAAUGACAGAGCUGCAGAGGGACUAUUCUGAACUGCAACAUGAAUACGAAAACCAAAACAACAAGCAUCGAAAUGGAUCAACUUGGAAUUUUGGGUGGACAAAGAUCAGAACAUCAGCUCUUUUCCAUCGAAAAUUAGACAGGAUUGAAAACAGAGAAGGACAGAAGAGACCUAAUUCACUUGGCAGCAAGAUCAACUUCAGAAGAAGACUAUCCAUAUCAUAA